CUGCCACUAUUUACGUCACACACUCCCCUUACUCUAAUCAGGACCAGUGCUGAAGGCUCAACUAGGUUAGGUUAGGAGGAGAAGGUUAAAAACACGCUCUCCAACGCAGUGGCAACCCCUCUAUCUAGCUGAACGACUAAUAGCUAUUACAGUGGGUUACCUCAUCGGCGUUAACGUUACAUGAUGGGUAAAGCAGGUGCGGUGUUGGUCUUUCGUACUAUGAAUCAUAGGCAAGCUAGCUAGCUGUAUCAUCCCUCCACACAGAGCAAGCUACAGCUGUGUUGAUUCCAUCUACUGCUGACAGUGGGGCAAAUGAGUGAACCGGUGAAGAGUUUGCCUUCCCCUACUUCUUCAGGGGGGCAACCUGCGGGGUCUGAUACCUACAAAGGCUGGCUGUAUAAAUGGACAAACUACUUGAAGGGCUACCAACGCCGGUGGUUCGUCCUUAGCAACGGCCUUCUGUCAUAUUACAGAACUAGAUUUAGUCAGCAGCCUCUUCUCCCCUGUCUCUGUGUGUGUACGUGUGUCUGUGUGUGAAUGUGUCUCUGUGCAUUAGGACUCAGGCAGAGAUGGCCCACACUUGCCGUGGCACCAUCACCCUGGCGACGGCACACAUUGAGGUGGGUGACACCUGCCACCUGGUGCUGACCAGCGGAGGGCGGAACUACCACCUGAAGGCCACUUCCGAUGGGGAGAGUCAGCGCUGGGUCUCGGCUCUCCAACAGGCUAAGGCCAACACCACUCACAUGAUGCACCAAUCAGAUGACUCUGGAGACGAGGCCCCCGUGCCCCAGCCAGACCGGGCCCUGACCCAGGGGGCUCUGAAGACACUGGCCAGUAAGCUGGACGACCUGAGCACCUGCAACGAGCUAAUCGGCAAACACGGCACCGCCCUGCAGCGAUCCCUCAGCGAGCUCGAGGACCUACGCACGGCCACCGACGGCACCGACAAACUCAAGACUGUCAACGAGCGUGCCACGCUCUUCCGCAUCACCUCCAAUGCUAUGAUCAAUGCCUGUCGGGACUUCCUGGACGUAGCAGAGACACACAGCCGGAGGUGGCAGAGAGCCCUGCAGUAUGAGAGAGAACAGCGCCACCACCUGGAGGAGACUAUUGAACAGCUAGCCAAGCAGCACAACAGCCUGGAGAGGGCCUGGAGAGAGGCUCCCAGCACACACCCAGACGGGGGUGAGAGGAGGCGGGCGGGGGAUGCCAGUGAUGAGAAUGAGGACACAGAAUUUUUUGAUGCCGUGGAGGACUCCCCUGCUUUCAUCACAGUGACUGCCACUGACCACACCCAGCACAGACGCUCAGCCAGUAACCAGAGUAUCAUGAGCGGACGAUUACCCAAUAAUGAAUGGAGCCACGACGAGAAAGACGCUGGCUCCGACAACAUGCAGCUGCGCAGAGUUAGACGCAGCCGCAUCCCAGACAAACCCAACUACUCCCUCAACUUGUGGAGCAUCAUGAAGAACUGCAUCGGCAAAGAGCUGUCCAAGAUUCCCAUGCCUGUGAACUUCAACGAGCCCCUGUCGAUGCUGCAGCGUCUGACUGAGGAUCUGGAGUACAGUGACCUGCUGGACCGGGCGGCUCGCUGUGAAUCCUCCCUGGAGCAGAUGUGCCUGGUGGCAGCCUUUUCUGUGUCCUCCUACUCCACCACCAUCCACCGCACUGCCAAGCCCUUCAACCCCCUGCUGGGGGAGACCUACGAGCUGGACCGCCUGGACGACUUCGGCUACCGCUCCAUCUGCGAGCAGGUCAGUCACCACCCCCCAGCCGCCGCCCACCAUGUGACGUCACAGCGAGGCUGGACCCUGUGGCAGGAGAUCACUAUCGACAGCAAGUUCAGAGGGAAAUACAUUUCUGUCAUGCCAUUAGGCUGUAUCCACCUGCAGUUCCACUCCAGUGGGAAUCACUAUGUGUGGGGCAAAGUCACCUCCACGGUGCACAACAUCAUAGUAGGAAAACUGUGGAUUGACCAGUCUGGGGACAUUGAAAUAGUCAACCACAGGACCAAGGACACCUGCCACCUCAAGUUUGUCCCUUACAGUUACUUCUCCAGAGACCUCCCACGCAAGGUGACAGGUGUGGUAGCAGACAGCGAGGGCACGGCCCACCACAUCCUGUCUGGGACCUGGGACGAGAAGAUGGAGAGUGCCAAGAUAGUAGAAAGCAGCCGGGGAUGUGGCGGGUCAGAGGGCAAACAAAAGACUGUCUACCAGACCCUCCAGCCCAAACUGCUGUGGAAGAAAUACCCACUUCCGGAGAAUGCUGAGAACAUGCACUUCUUUUCCUCCCUGGCCUUGACCCUGAACGAGCCUGAGGAGGGCGUGGCCCCCACUGACAGCCGCCUGAGGCCCGACCAACGGCUGAUGGAGGCGGGGCUGUGGGAUGAGGCCAACGCCCACAAACAGCGUCUGGAGGAACGACAGAGGCUGGAGAGAAGGAAGAGGGAGGCACAGGCCACACAGGCCCUGGAAGAAGACUCCUUAGGGCAAGACUUUGAGGGAUUCCAGCCACUGUGGUUCGAGAGGAGGACAGAUGAUUCAACGGGGGAGAGCACUUACGUGUACAGGGGUGGAUACUGGGAGGCCAAAGACGGACAGGACUGGAGCCAAUGCCCUGAUAUCUUCUAAGGCUCCGCCCCUGGGACUGUGACAUCAUCACUGGAGGGCCGAGCUGAGGGACUGAUCGACAAGCAGAGGGAGGAUUCACACGCUGAAGACGCAUGGAGAUGUGGACAGCUCUUUGUCUGUGUAUGUGUAUUUGUGUGUGUUCCAGAAAGACAGAGCCCUCCAUUGAGAAUAAUGUAAACUUCCCAUACUUCAAGAACUGAGAUAUAAACAUCAUCUGUCCCCCUCCCCGAUGUAGUUCUCUAAUCAAACAUGCUCUGUAUCACAACACUUGUGUGUUACUCACUGAGUGAGUGUGUGAGUGUGUGUGCAACAGUGUGAGUGAGAGAGACAUAACUAUUUAUGAGAGAAUAUUUUGAGUGUGAGGGAAAGAGUUAGAAAAUAGCUACUGCAUGGAAAACCAUAUUUAUUUCAGCUGGUAUGUAUGGUGGUGCCUGGUGCCCCAUUGAUCUGGUAAUAAGGUAAUAACUACCGUAAGUAUAUAAUAUUAUACAAUAAUAGGCAGAGGCCAGAAGGAAAGUGAAAGAGUUUGGGUUUUGGUGCUAGGAUAGGAUGUCCUGUUCCUCUGAGCUGGUUAGGAACAGAGUGUUCCUCCUGCUGGAGAUAUAGGGGCCUGCAUUUAUGUUGCACUGGCCAAUAGGAAUGUCAGGAGAUAAAGCUCCCCCAGGUUUGUCUAACUGAAAGGUUAUGAAACAAAAAGCUGCACAUAGAAAUAGAGUAACCAGAACAGACAUGACUCUCUACUUCAAGUAUCUCCAAUAUACUUUACAUAUCUAUAUGUAACAUUAUGUUUCCUUCCAUGCAACAACUAGGCACUCCCCAGGUUUGUAACAAACUGCUUUUCUGCAGUGCAUGAAAACACAGGUGUAGAGGACGCUGGUAUCACUAUGGGCACUUUUGAUUUAAUAUCUGUACAGACAUAAUCUCAGUGUCACGCCCUGACCAUAGAGAGCCCUUGGUUCUCUAUGGUAUUUAGGUCAGAGCGUGACUAGGGGGGUGUUCUAGUCAUUGUAUUUCUAUGUUGGUGAGUUGUAUGGUUCCCAAUUAGAGGCAGCUGGUAAUCGUUGCCUCUAAUUGUGGAUCAUAUUUAAGUAGCCUUUUUCCCACCUGUGUUUUGUGGGAUAUUGUUUUGAGUGAGUGCAUAUAGCACUACGGUACUUCACGGUCGUUGGUUGUUUCUUGGUUUGUUUCACUAAAAUAAAGAUGCAAUCACGCUG